GUUAUAUUUGUAGCAUAUCUACUGUUUUCUAAGCUUGUAUACUGUGGACAAAAUUAUACCUCAACUAUAGAAUACAAUGUCAUUGCUUUACUCAAUCAGACUAUCUUCAGCUCUAUGGUUGUUGUAGUUGACAACACCACUUAUGUUUUAGAGCCCAAUGAUACUUUCCCCAUCAUUUACUCUGCCAUAGCCCCGCCUGCUCAAUCUGGCUACUUUUAUGCCAAAAUCUAUAGCAGUAAUGAUAGUAUGCUCACAGAGUCCUUUGUCCGUCAACCCAUCAGCCAGGACACGCCUCAUGAGUUCUUCAAUCGGACCUGGAACACGCACGAAAGUAAAAAGCUACCACAGGUCUAUGAACCCUUGGAUGACAUCCAUCGUAUUAAAUCCAAUCUUCACAGAGAAAAUGAAAUACCCACGAUUCAUAUUGUCGGAAACCAGUUAGAACUAGACGAGAUGAACCACAACACCACAGCUGACAUUUCUGUAAAGAUAAACAUGACCUAUGUCUCGCUCUAUGAUGCCAUGAAUUUUGAAGAUGUAAAGGUCUCAUUGGCAGGUCAGAGUACUCGAAGCUUAUCCAAAGUGUCGUAUAGCCUCAAGCUCAAAAAGAAAAAUCCUCUUUAUGGCUACAGGCAUAUCAAACUUCGUUCACUGGCCAUGGACUCUAGCUACAUGCGUGAACAAUUAGCUUAUGAUAUGCUCAAAUCCGUUGGCCUUGCCUCCAUGAAGUUUUCCUAUGCUCGCGUAUUUAUGAACGAACAAGAGCUAGGUCUGUUUGGUCUGGUUGAUACAUUCAAAAAUCCUUGGCUUGCAAAUGUAUUCGCCAAUGGAAGCUCUUCUUAUGAGAAUGGCUACCUUUAUCAAGGCGUCUUCCAGGGCAGUAAGCAAUACGAAGCUGAUCUUUCAUAUAUUGAUAACAUUACUGCCUACAAUGAUGGCGAGUACAAGGUCAAACAAAAAGCAUCGAAUGGAGAAAGUGAUAACUAUGAACCCUUGAUGAAAUUUACCAAGUUUAUCGCUGAUGCGCUUAACAAUGGAACAAAUGCAUUAAAUGAAUGGAAUAGUAAGCUCGUUGUUGAUUCUUUUCUUCGAUCCGCUGUCAUGGAAAUCUUGAUCGGUAACUCUGAUGGUUAUUUGGCCAAUGCAAAUAACUACUUUCUCUACCAAAAGCCUGAUAACGGCACCUUUUUUUAUAUCCCUGCUGAUAUGGACCUGACACUAGGAAAUGGUAAAAACGACCUUGAUGACACAUGGAGUGGUAAUUAUAGCACCUUUCCAGGAAUGUCCAAACGGCCAUUGAUAACGCAUAUAAUGGCUGUACCCGAGUUUAAGCAGAAAUUUGAACAGCUUCAUAAAGAUAUUAAUUCCAGACUAAUUAACCCAAACGUAUCCUAUUCUCGUAUCGAUGAUAUUGUAGAUAUGAUAAAAGAAGAUGUCGACUGGGAUAAGACCUUGCCUCGUGUAAACUCGAAUGGUGCAAGUUCUGUUCCUCUUGGUCAAAAUGGUAACGUCAAUAAUCAAACCAUACCAUCUGCUAUGCCAUCAAUGGCUGUUCAAGGAAACUCUACUGGUAUACUUCAAGGCAUACAAAACAUGACGGCGAUGCCUGAAAAUAAAGGCAAUAUGGGCGCCUCUGUAAGCGUGAAAGAAUGGCUUGCUGGUGUUUAUCAAAAUACAACUAGUUUUUACUCCAAGUGA